CAUCUACUAGCAAGCAAAAAGAUGGUUUACAUCGGUUUCAGCCUGAAAAUCGAUAAUAUUGCAUGUUAACGUGAAUCGUGAUGUUUACGUCACUAGCAGACGACACGCCCGCUUGUCUAACGUUUUUUACAUUGCUAUAUAGUGAGAGGGACAGUUCGUUCAUAUCCUUGGCAGCUUUCGGAGGAAAGUUCAUAACAAUUCGCUUUCUCACGCUUCUAGAUCAGUGCAAAGUUACUUACGAUUGCUAUACAACCUGCCCGGCGCUUGCUUUCUGCUUCUUGAAAUCGUUAUCUUUAGUCAUCUCAUUUGGCAUUGUUCUGCUGAUUGAACUCUGACGUCUACUUGACGGAGAGCUGAUUCUAAAUAAUCGACGACUCUUACCAAUCCUGUCAUAUACCAGCAACUUCUGCCUGGUCUUUUAGGGUUACUGUCAAGUGGAUUUGUAUUUGGUUAGUGUAAUUCCAACAGCAGCGUGUCUCUGAUUAGAGUUUGGUGCUCGCCACAACUUCCAUAGACUUAUCUACAUUGACCCUUUUUUCCACUGUCCCGCCAUCGAAAAUAGACGAUGACGGGUGAAGUGGUAAGCUACUCGGGACCCGGUCCGGGAGACUCCAACUCUCAUAUUGUCGAGCCACCAAUUGAAAAUGAUGCUGAGAUAGGAAAGCAAAAUUCCAGCCCGCCCUCAUCUCCUCGGCGCUGUCCGUUCCAGCAAUAUGUUGAUGCAGAUAAAUUGGGCCGUCUCAGCGGAACGUCCGUUCUCGAUUCACCCGGAAUAAGCUCCCUCGGACGGAGGUCCAAUGGCAGAGCAUCAUUUAUGGGAGUUAGAAAACGUUCACAUUUGCAUAAUAAAACGGCCGAAGAGGUUGAACGAAUCGUUCAAGCUGGCAAGAUCCGCGAGCUAAAGAACUGCAUUCGUUCUCACCAGUGGUUGCCGUUUGAUUGCGUCCGCUCUCGGCUGUGGCAGAUCAUUUCCAGCGUGCACGUGAAAGAUAAGGCAACGAUGGACUCGUUGUACUGGGACACAGUCAAACAAAUUUACGGCACUCACGAUCUGGUCAUUAAGACUGGUCCACUGCCGACUUUUGUCGAGCCUUCGUUCCAGAUGUCUUACUAUCUGAACGAAACGGGCAUUCAGGUGGCUCGGCGUGUCGUCAACAUCAUAUCAUACUCGUGCCCCGAUAUCACGUACGCUCCCAGUUUAUACCCCAUCACUUGUCUCCUGCUCCACUAUAUGAGCGAGGAGGAUUGCUACGCCUGCGUCUCACAUAUGGUGGCGUCGAAGAAAACAAAAUUCAUUACGCAAACAAAGUUGCACUUUGAAACGAUCUGGAGAACGUCAAUGAUCUUGUGUCGGCGACACGCUAAAUCCGCCGUCUCAUACAUUGCUAAACAAGCCGGAGAGAAUAGCAUUGUAGAGUCUAUCCAUCAGCAAUGGCUGAAUUGCAUUUUCAAAGAAUUGCCAUUCCAGCAUUUGGUGCGCGUGAUGGAUUGUUUCUUAUUCGAGGGCCGUAAAGUCAUGUACCGUGUCUGGAUGGCCAUUCUCCUUCUUUUCCAUAGGCACCUGGCAUCUCUUCCGCCCAACAACCGACCUGCAUUGAACAAAGAGUCUGUCGUGGAGUCGACGUUGUUCGACUUCUGCCACAAUUUGCCUUGCAGCCCCGAGAAGUUACUAAGAACUGCCUAUGGAGUGCGGAAUUUCAGUUCGUCCGAAAUGGACCGACUAUUCAUCAAAACGGAGAUGUAUCUCAAAUCGAAGGCGGCGGCUUCAGCAUCGAUGCCCAACAACAAGAACACCAUGAUCCACCGGUCGCGCUCCAGCGACGUCUUACCCACCAGCCAGUCGCAAGUGAACAUCCAAAUGAUGUCCCACACGCUGACUAUUCGUGAGCUGCUGACGGUGUGGUCUUGGCUUCCGGUGAGGAUCACCAUGUAUCAACCAGAGCUGUUGUACACAACCGAGGAGCACGGCUGCAGCAUGACGACGUUCUUCAACCGAGUAGAACAACACGAACCCACUAUCCUCAUCGUCAAAACUACCACUGAAGAAGUAUUCGGAGCCUAUUGCUCAAGUCGGUGGGCAGAACGGAAUUCGAAAGAUUGCCACGGCGGUCGACAGGGAUAUUUUGGAACGGGCGAGACGUUUGUCUUCACCCUCGUACCUAACGAAAUCAAAUACCCUUGGGUUGGAAUCAGCGCUACCUCUUCUGCUGAAGGCCCGUCUUGCGUACGACACGCGGCCGAACUCUUCAUGGCAUCCGACGGGCACAUGGUUACUGUCGGUGGAGGAAAAGGUCAAGCUAUCUGGAUCGAUGAAAACAUUCGUUAUGGCAAAACAGACAUGUGCCUGACGUUCAACAAUCCACCUUUAGCAUCCACAUCAGAUUUUGAGAUUAAAGUGCUUGAAGUUUACGGUUUUCAGAAUGUCUAGUAGUUGAAACGAACGCAAACGACGUGAAACCAAAUCGACUGGAGCACAGCCGUCAUACGAAAACGGCCAGGCAAAAAUCCUAUCCUCUACCAAUAGACAAAAAAAAAAAAAUCUAGGUCCAUUUCAACUAUAAUUAGCUUUUGUUUUUUGUUUUUGUUUUUUUUUUAAGUCAAUUUAUGUUUUUUCCUUUUCAUUUUUGCAAGAGAACUAAACAAAAGCGUUCCAUGUUCAAGCUUAGACUAGUCGUUGAACCCCUUGGCGUGUCAAUCGUCGUCCCUCGCAAUCAAAAACAAAACAAAAACAAGCAGGAAUGUGUACUCUAUUCAUAUAGAGGCUGUACUCGCGCGCGUAUCUACUCCACUUCCUCCCUCCCCCAAAAAAAAAUAUUUGUUGCUGCUCUAUCCGGUUUGGCUUUUGAUUGUUUUUCUUUUCGCGUCUCGUUGCGUUCCCGAUGUCUGCACGUGUUCUACUUAAACGGGAAAAUUCGGCGAGUCCCACGAUGUUCAGGUUUCACGCUCGCCAAGAAGAGGUGACUAGUCAACUUCAGCAUGUUUAAAUGGUACUGCUCUUUCGGUCGUGAAUUUGAAUUUUUAAAAAGAUCCCUACCCUCUACCACCCUAAAAAAAAAAAUUGGAAAACGAGUGUACCUUGAAGCUUUUUUGCGUAGCUCUUUUGUUUGACCAUUUUCGAAACGAAUUGUCAUAAAUAGCUAAAGAAAAAAAGAAUUGUUUUUGCCCUGUCAGACGUAUUUGUACAUUCCGUGUGGUUCGAAUCUCCCGCGUUUGUCUCUCCGAAAUGUACGAAUUAAAAGAAAGAGGAAUGGGGCAGCUCAACCGACAUGAAAGAGUCGAUCAAAAAUUAACGAAUUGUCAUCGGUGUACCAGCAUUCAUUUUCUCUGUUUUUCAAUGCUUGAAUUGGCAGUUUUUAUUCCCCCCGUUUUGCUGGUGCUCGUAUUUAAUCAGAAAAGAAAACGAUGCCGGAUGACUAAACAAAGCUCCAUAAUACUUAACGUUUGCCCUAAUGCGUUGCAUUUAAUUACGAAUGGCUGUAGGUUGUGCAUAUCUCUGUCCACAUCAUUUUGCUGUCGGUAAUAUUCUUAAAAGAAUAUGACUAUUUAGAAUAGAAGCGAGAAACAAUAGCCGGCCAACACGAUUCGUUUUCUUUUUUUUGUGUCUUAUUAUUUUUUAUCCUUUUUUUUUCCCGAUUACCUUUCGCUGUCGAUUGUUAUUUACAUCGUUCGUCUCCAUUAUAAAUUUAAAGUUUCGAUCAACGAUAUGAUUCUCUUCUAUCCCGCUGCUACAUGCCACCACUAUUAUAUCGGUACUCUCUCUCUCUCCUUCUCUCUAAAAACAAAAAGCUUUUGUUACGUGUAACGUGUACCCGUGUAUAAGUCAAUAAAAAAAAACACACACAC